UCCUCUCCUCUCAAGUCGAAAAAAAAUCCCGCUGUUUCACAUGCGAGUAGUGCGUUGCAUUGACAAACAACCGCAACUGCCCUGUGGCGGCAUUACACUGUAAUUUUUACGCCUCUGAUCACGGCUGGAACCCAAGCAGAAAGGCCACUCUGCACUGUCAAACUGGUUAUCGCUAAGCUGCGUCCACGAUGUCUUUGAGUGAGGUGAUGUUAAAAACGCUGAUUCCCAGCAACUUUUUGGACUCAGACGACGAAGAGAUAAAGUCGUUAACGUGCACUACGGAGAGCGAUGAUUUGCAGAAAAAUCAGUAUACCAACUACAACAUGUUCAACGACUACUUCGGGCUCAGUAAUCUGGUGCAAAAAGUGCGGCUCGCUAAUAAUGAUUUCCCGUAUCUCGGCAGCGAUGGCUACGGCGGCAAACUGCACCGUCGUGACCGAUUUGACAGCAUUGAUUCGGAGAACUCGUCUUCUGGAAGCUGUGAUUCCUUCACGGAUCACGGCCUGACAUUCGGCGAGGGAUCAUUUCAGCCAUUUAGCACAUCAUCUAUCCUGCACAGUGCAGGGAAAAGGAAAGAAGUUGCGUUGCCGCCAAGUCGAAGGCUCGGAAAGCCGACCGCGCGAAGCUCAGCUCCCGGUGCAAAUCGUCAAGUGUGCGUGUUCUGCAGAAACAACGGUGAGAGCGAGGAGGUGUACGCUUCACAUGUGUUAAAAAGUGCCGAUGGGAAAACUACUUGCCCGAUCCUGAGAGCCUACACUUGUCCGAUUUGCAAGGCAAGCGGCGAUGAUUCGCAUACGAUAAAAUAUUGCCCGCAAAAUCAGCAAACGCAAGGAAAUGGCCAGCUUCCUCCUCCACCAGUCAAACCACCAACCAGCACAGCACAGCCAAUCGCUCGCUCCACGCGGGGAAUAAUGCCGCCAAAACGCCGCUAGACUAAACUCCAACAACUACCAUAUUAAAUAGUUAUACCCUAACAGGGGUUCGUGCACAGAGUUUGUAGGAAAUUCAUAGUUUAUAUUCACAUUUUGUUGGGAUUCGCUACGGCGACGGUUGUUGUGUUAUUUGUUUACCCGACAUGGCGAUGUGCUAAUUUAUUAGGAGUUUCUUAACACACGACUUCUACAUGAAAAUUGUAGAAGGAAUAUUAUUAUUAUCUUAAUUCACGUUGAACGAUCAAGUGAUCGCAGUAUUUUUCGUCAGAUUAUCGGAUGCGAGGCUUUCGCUUUCGAUUUUUGCAGCCGUGAAUUUUCAUGAAUGAAAUGGCGCGUUUUUUUCGUACGUACUAUUAUUAUAAGGAAUGAUAUUUUACUCACAAUCCACUUACUACCCAGUCUCGCCAGACGUUGUGUAAAUUUCAAGAAUCCAGUCUUGCUCUAGAGGCUUAAUUUAUCGAAUAUAUACCAUUGUAAAAUUUUUGAAUUAUAGCAGAAUAUUCUAAGAGAUAUUGAAUUUUCACCCUUUAAGUGUAAAGUAUUUUAAUAUCAAGUGUUGAUUGAGAAAUUUCACUGUAAGGAUUCAGAGAAAUGAUUUAAUAAUGUUUUUCAAAUUCCCUGCUCUUAGUUCAGGGACGUUAUUUUAUGCUGUUUGUAAAAAAAAAUUCAAGUGCAAAAAUUUGACACUACUUGGAAAGUAGUAGCAAUGACUUUAGUAGAAUUAAGAUUUUUCAAUGAAAUUUAUUAUAAUCUUUAAACAGCAUUUGCUGUGAGUUACAGAUGAAAGUUAAGGUUUAAUAUUUCUAAAAAGUUUUUAAUAUUAUGGCAGUAAUCCUUCGUAUCAUAACUUUUAGAAGUUUGAAAGCAUGUAAAGCUUAUUUAUAUAAAUUCCAAUUAAGAAACCAGAAAUUUGUACGGUUUGAUCGUAAAGCAUUAAAGCUUGUUUUGAGAUUUUUA